AUGGAGGAGGGCACCAUGUCGGAUCUCCUUCUCAACCUGGACACGUCCCUCCCUGCGCAGCCCAAGAAGGCCUCUGAGGGGAACCAGAAGCACCAGCGGUUCAUCAAGCGCCGGCAGUUCCUGGAGCGGAAAGGCUUCCUGAAGCAGAAGCAGCUCCCCGGGCAAGCCCCACUGCCGCGGUGGGAUGCCUCUCAGAAGCACGGCGGGGCAGACUGUGAGCGGGACAGAAAGAGGCCGAAAGUGGACAAAAAGGGGGCGUCCGCCGGGCAGGACAGGAAGCCUCUGCGGGAGGACAGCUCGGCCCACAGGACCAAGACAUUUCCCAAGGAGAAGGCCGCCCGCGGGGCUAAGGACUCUGGGUCCCAGGGAGGCAAUGCCUCUGGGGGUGCCACAGCCUCGAGCAAAGCAGGGAGCACUGCGGGGGGUGGUUCCUCUGUGAGGCACAACGGGGCGCAGGCCAACGGGGCCGCGGGCGAGAUCCGGAGGGUGGCCCUGCUGAGCGAGUUUGAGAGCGGGCUGUCGCCGGUGCUGCUGCCGCCCAAGCCCAACAAGGUGGUGGCCAUUGACUGUGAGAUGGUGGGCACGGGCCCCGGCGGGCGCGUCAGUGACUUGGCGCGCUGCAGCGUGGUCAGCUACCACGGCGACGUGAUGUACGACAAGUACGUGCGGCCCCUCAGCCCCAUCACCAACUACCGGACGCGCUGGAGUGGCAUUCAGAGGCACCACAUGAAGAACGCCGUCCCCUUCAAGGUGGCCCAGAAGGAGGUGAGUGAGGGGGAAGAUCUGGCAGCCUCUCAGGGGGAGCCUUUAGGGAUCCCCCUGCCCCACACAAGGUUUUCCAUGUUUUCAUUAAAACCAAGGCAGUCUGUAUUUUUAUUCUGGCAUCUGGUUGAGGCAUUUGGCCUAGCAGCUCUUACUCUCUUCUUAUGGAACCUCAAGGUCCAGAGGCAGUCUAUCUGGAUUCCUAGGUUCUAUGGGGUAUUUGGCCACAGUGACAACAGGAUGCUGGACUAAGGAAGGAGCCCUUUGGCCUCAUCCUGUUGCAGGGCUCUUCUUUUAUAUCCUCUUAUGGGUGAAGUAAGGGACGCGGGUGGCACUGUGGUCUAAACCACAAAGCCUAGGACUUGCCGAUCAGAAGGUUGGCGGUUCGAAUCCCCAUGACGGGGUGAGCUCCCAUGGCUCGGUCCCUGCUCCUGCCAACCUAGCAGUUAGAAAGCACGUCAAAGUGCAAGUAAAUAAAUAGGUACCACUCCGGCGGGAAGGUAAACGGCGUUUCCGUGCACUGCUCUGGUUCGCCAGAAGCGGCUUAAGUCAUGCUGGCCACCAGCUCCUUCGGCCAAUAAAGCGAGAUGAGUGCCGCAACCCCAGAGUUGGUCACGACUGGACCUAAUGGUCAGGGGUCCCUUUACCUUUAUGGGUGAAGUGGGUCAGACUGCAGCUACGAUGUCUUUGUGGGUCUGCAUCCUGCUGUGCUUGACUGGCUACAGCAGGCUUCCUCAAACUCUUCCCUCCAGAAGUUUUUGACCUACAACUCCCAUGACCCCAGCUAGCAGGACCAGUGGUCAGGGAUGAUGGGAAUUGUAGUCUCAAAACAUCUGGAGGGCCGAGUUUGAGGAAGCCUGGGCUACAGGUUGAGUCUUGAGCUAUUGAGCGCUGACUGAUGACAUCCCUCCCCCUCCCUGCCUUUCAGAUCCUCAAGGUCCUCUCUGGGAAGAUAGUUGUGGGCCACGCCAUCCACAAUGACUUCAAAGCCCUCAAGUAUUUCCAUCCCAAGUCGCUGACCAGGGACACCUCGAAGAACCCUCUGCUCAACCGCAAGGCCGGCUUCCCGGAGAACGAGCAGGCCUCCCUGAAGCGCCUCACCAAGCAGCUCCUCCACAGGGACAUCCAGGUAACACCCCCUGCCUUGUCCGUCUGCUCUCCCCCCCAAUCUGGCUCAGUGUUGCCUACACUGGCUGGCAGCCAGCUCUUUGGAGAAAGGCCCAAUGACAGUGUCUUGGCAGACUUCCUUUUCAAGAGUCCCUCCUCUUGGCUGGCUGUAGUUGUUGUUAUUAUUUAUUAAAUGCAUUGCUUGAUUUUUCUUGCCGAAGGCAAUUCAGUUGACACAAGAUAAUAUCACCAAGGCAACUAUCAGUAAACAAACCAUAAACGUCCAUAAAAAUGGCAAAAGUAGUUUCUUUCCCAAAUAGGUUUUAUCAUAAAUAAUAGCAAAUGCGGUAAAUAAAGAGUUGACUUGAAAGUGGUUCACUUGUUGGAGGAAGUUUAACAAACUGAAGGUCAUCGUCCUCUUUCCUGAUGGAAACAUGCAGAUAGGGAAAGAUACAACCCUGCUUUAAGUUGUUUCCAUACUCUCUUCUCUUGUACGGUACAUUAUUUACUACAAAGCUCCGUGACUUUGUUACUGUGUUUGCAGUUGCUCAAGAUACAACCUGUUGUGGGGGGAAGCUACUUUUGCCAUUAUUAUGGAUGGACGUUUAGAGUUUGUUUACAGAUAGUUGCCUUGGUGAUAUUAUCUUGUGUUGAUUGUAGUAGUCAUUGUAUCACCACCCUGUUCAUUGUUUUAAAGUAAAUUCAAAGCAGCGUGCAACCAAGUAAACAAGCAAAAACCCACAUAGUUCCAUUACAAAAAACACCUCAUUAAAACAGAUUUUAAAACACCCCACCCACCCUAAAAGGCCAGACAGAGGAAAAAGGCCUGGUUAAAAAGGAAAGCUUUAACCAGGCACUUAAAGAUACAGUACUGUAUAUAAUGAAGGUGCCAAGUGAGCCUCCCUGGGGAGAGCAUACCAUGAACUGGGAGAUACCACAGAAAAGGCCCUGCUGUUGUGUUGCCACCCUCCAGACAUUGAGGAGGCUCUCAAAGAAGGGCCUCAGAUGACAAUUGCAGGGUCCAGGUCAGUUCAUAUGCAUCAAAAAGCUCACACCAUUGUUUCCUUGAGCCUGGAGAGAAAAAGGUUGCGGACAAUGACCAAGAGGAGCUUUUCCAAAUCUGUUUGUGCCAUCUGUCCGUGCAGUUUUUAGACCCGCCCCCCCCCCCCCGACACAGCAGGAGCAGGAGUAGCCCCUGUGGCUCCCUCCAGGCGGCUGCUACACUACAGUUCCCAUCACCCCUGCCCAUUGGGCCGUGGUGGUACCAGGGCUGGUGGGAGACGGAGUCUGGCAGCAUCUGGAAGGCCACUGAGGAGCAGAGUCCCCUGGCCUUGGAGGAGAUCCGGCAUUUGAUUUAAUAUUGAACUCUGAGCAGCUCACAGUAGCAGCUGAAAAGAACAGCAAAUACUGCAGUUGCUGUAAGCUCAAAACACAGUAGCGUAUAAAUAAAGCAGGCAACCAGAGCAAAUCCUUUGAAACAAUGCAAUUCUAUAAAUUUAUAGUGAGCUGCAGUAUAAAGGUAAAGGGACCCCUGACCGUUAGGUCCAGUCGUGGCCGACUCUGGGGUUGCGGCGCUCAUCUCGCUUUACUGGCCGAGGGAGCCGGCGUACAGCUUCCGGGUCAUGUGGUCAGCAUGACUAAGCCACUUCUGGCGAACCAGAGCAGUGCACGGAAACGCCGUUUACCUUCCCACCGGAGUGGUACCUAUUUAUUUACUUGCACUUUGAUGUGCUUUUGAACUGCUAGGUGGGCAGGAGCAGGGACCGAACAAUGGGAGCUCACCCUGUCGCGGGGAUUCAAACUGCCGACCUUCUGACCGGCAAGCCCAAGCGGCUCAGUAGUUUAACCCACAGCACCACCCACGUCCCUAUUCUGCAGUAUAAAAGGGACCAUUUUAUCUUGUCCCCAAAGAGCAGAAGUUCCCUUGAGUGACUCCAGAGCCAAGCUGCUGUGCACCUCUCUCUUUAUCUGGGCACCUUUUCCCAGUAUCCUAGAAUUGUAGGGUUGGAAGGAACCCACAGGGGUCAUCUAGCCCAACCCCCUGUAAUGCAAGCAUCCCUGACCAGGGGGCCAGCCAGCCCCUGCUUUGAGACCGCCAAGGAAGGAGAGCCCACCCCCUUCCGAGGGGGCUCUUACCCACAGAAACUCUUUUUCUGUAACUUGAAUCCCUCGGUUUGGGUCCUGCCCUCUGUCUUCCAUGGGGCAGCCCUUGAGGUAUUUGAAGAUGGCUUUGUGUCCUCUCGCUUUGUGAGGGGUCAGAGAGAUGUGACCCCUGCCCUCAUCUUCCUCUUUCCUUCCUUCUUUCCUUACACCCCCCCCCAGGUGGGGAACAAAGGCCACUCCUCAGUGGAAGACGCCCGGGCCACCAUGGAACUGUACAAGGUGGUGGAGGACGAGUGGGAGAGGCAACUGGCCACCUCUCCUCAGGACUGA